CGCGUACCCCGUUUUUCCUCUCCGUUUUCUCUCAUCUCCUUCGUUCUCAAGCAAAGAGAAAGAGAGAGAGGUAGCGAAAAGGAGUAAAAGGUCGGAUUUUUGAGGCUUGGAUCGAGCGAAGAAGAUGCUGAAAUCGUGUUGGAGGUGCGUGGGGUGGAGGGGAGAUGGCGGCGGCGGUGGCGGCGAUGGGUUGUUGUGGCAUAUGGAGCUAAAGCCGCAUGCAUCAGGGGACUUUUCCAUCGCGGUGGCGCAAGCGAACAUGGCGCUUGAGGACCAGGGCCAGGUGUUGACGUCACCGUCGGCGACGCUUGUUGGUGUUUAUGACGGCCAUGGUGGUCCGGAGGCAUCUCGGUUCGUUAACAGCCGCCUUUUCCCACAUCUUCACAAGUUUGCUUCGGAGCAAGGGGGCUUAUCGGCGGAAGUGAUAAGGAAGGCAUUUGAUGCAACUGAGGAGGAGUUCCUGCAUCUGGUGAAGCAGUCAUGGCUUUCAAGGCCUCAAAUUGCUUCAGUGGGUUCAUGCUGCCUUGUUGGGGCAAUUGUUGAUGAUGUGCUCUAUGUGGCAAACUUGGGAGACUCAAGGGCGGUGCUUGGCAGACGAAGUGCGAAUGGGAAUGCGGUGGUGGCCGAGCGCCUGUCAAGUGAUCAUAAUGUAGCUGUGGAGGAGGUCAGGAAGGAGCUUACAGAACUUCAUCCGGAUGACUCCCACAUUGUCGUCUAUACUAGAGGUGUUUGGCGGAUUAAAGGAAUCAUUCAGGUAUCACGAUCUAUUGGUGACAUUUACCUGAAGAAACCCGAGUUCAGUCGGGACCCAUUAUUCCAACGAAUAGUCUCACCAAUCCCAUUGAAGCGCCCGGUCAUGACUGCUGAGCCAUCUAUUGAAGUCCGCAAGCUCAGAGCCAAUGACUUAUUUCUGAUCUUUGCCUCAGAUGGCCUCUGGGAGCAACUAACCGAUGAAGAUGCAGUGGAGAUAGUUUUCAAAAACCCACGUCCGGGAAUAGCAAAGCGGUUGGUGAGAGCUGCUCUGAAUGAAGCUGCAAAGAAAAGAGAAAUGAGAUACAAUGACAUUAAAAGGAUCGAGAAGGGAAUAAGGCGUCAUGUUCACGAUGAUAUCACCGUCAUAGUGAUCUAUCUUGAUCACCGUCGAGGAGGUGGACCCAGAUUCAGAAACAGUACAAUGGACUGCACUAAUGCACCUGUGGAUGUUUACUCCGUUGAUGCCAGUGAACCGGAAGGCCCCCGCUUGCCUGUGCUUUGAUCGUUGGGCUAAAUCUCUUCAGUUUAGAUUGACUGACUGAUUGCCUGCUUUGUGAAUUCUAGUUCAGAUGUACAAUAUAAUCAUAGAAUUAAAGCUCACUGUCUCUGCUGGUCUAACAUGGAAGGGAAGAAUGCUCCAUAAGAAGUUUGAAUAAAACUCUUGGAGGUUUGCUGUUACUUGUGCAUAAGUUGGCUUCCAGAGUGUUUUUGAAUGCCUGUCAAAGGUGCUUUUUCCUU